GAAAACUUUAGAGUGUACUGGAAAAUACCUUCAGUUACUGUCAGUUUCAUGAAACGUUUUAGAAGUUAGUUCAGUUUGUAUUUAUUUAAGUUGUCCAGUUAAACGAACCACUAUCUAAAUUAAAUCGUAUACAGAACUGAAUUUGCAACAUUUAAUGAUUAAUGUAGCGACCUUAGAUGAAGAGUUUUUGAGCCAUUCAACUUAAAAUGAAGCAACGCUGCCUGUAACUGUGUCAAAAUUAAGUGAAUGUCUCUCGCACAUAAAAACAGACAUUAAAACAACUACCACAGAGUUGUGGCGCGUUAGAUUAUUUUGCUAAUAGAAGAUUAAAUUAAUAAACCAGGGUUACGAAAAGGACUCCUUACAAUAACGUUAUCUGUACAUAAUUUGAACUAAAAUAAGGUUUGUACUCAAGACCUUCAUUCAUAAAAGACGACCAUAAAUAACAACGAAGACGGAAGUGUCCAGUACAUUGAAAAAUAUCUGUGAUUGUAUCCGCUUUCGACAUGACUGUGAAAAACAGAAUCAGUCCUGUUUCGUAUACAAAACACAUGCUUGUACGAAGCUUUUAAAAAUCACAACACCGAAUAUUAAUACUGUACUCUGAGAUACACUCUGAUAUCAACAUGACUUCAUGUAAGAACUCGUUUCUCACGUGCAUUGCAAGCAUAUGUUAUCUUAUAGUUAUCAGUCCAGUGUUACUAGUAUUAUGUGAUAAAAACGAAUUAAACAGUGACUAUAGCGGCAAAGAACAUGAUCAAGUUCAUGGUCUAGAAGCCAAUGUGCAAGCACAGUUUAGCAACAAUCAUUUCAACAAUGAAGUAACACAAUCAAUCACUCCGAGCAAUAAUGGUGAAGAAUAUUCUGAAGUGGAAAAACAAGGUGAUGAAUUCAUCGACAAAAACGUAACGUAUUUGCCAAUAAAACAAAACAAGACCGACGGAAACAACGAAACUGACGCGGAUUACGAUUAUGAUUACGUUGAGUCGCAUAAUAUUUUUAAUUGGUCGGAACUGAUACCAACGCUGGUUGUAUAUGGUGCAACUAUGGUCAUCGGGAUAGCAGGCAACUCCCUCAUAAUCUUCACGAUCUGUCGUUAUCGGCGUAUGAAGAGUACAACGAACGUGUUCUUGGCCAGUCUGGCAUCUGCGGACCUUCUGCUCAUCACCAUCUGCAUACCAGUAAAGGUGGCAAAGCUAUUCUCGUACACGUGGUCUAUGGGAUUCUUCCUGUGCAAGGGGGUGCAUUACUUGCAGAAUGUAUCAGCCAUUUGCUCUGUACUCACUCUCACUGCCAUGAGUAUUGAAAGGUACUAUGCUAUCGUGCACCCCAUGAAAGCAAAAUACAUGUGCACCAUCAGUCAAGCCCGCAAGAUCAUCUUUGGGAUCUGGGUGGCCUCAUUUCUGCUUGCAGUGCCGAAUCUCUUUUCGCAGGAACACGCCUUAGUAGGAAUGAAAUACAAGGGGUUCUACUGUGUGCAAACAAUGGACAUGCCUUCACUCUGGCGUUUUCACGAGGUCUACAUGUUGCUGUUGAUCCUGGUGAUACCAACGUGCAUAAUGAUUGUUGCCUACGGCUCCAUCUCCUGGGAGAUUUGGCACGUCAUGCAGAGGCGCUAUGAUAUGACCAGCGGCCAGGCAUUAAACCCAAGUGGAGGUCGAAGCGGUGUGGAAAGCUUUCCACUGCGUUACAGCAAACGCUUGCAACGAGGCAUGAGCUCCAAUGCAAGCAGUUUCCGAGAAUCCAUCAAGAAGGCGAAUGCCAUCAGGUCCGAGGAGGAACACAAUACCGUCAAACAGGUGACUGGCGCUCCUCCACUCGGUUCACGGCUUCCUGGACUACAAAAUCAUCUUCAUCAACAACAAAAGACCCACCAGGUCAUCAAGAUGUUGGUAGCAGUUGUGGUGCUCUUCGUGCUGUGUUGGGCACCCCUUCUCAUCUUGAACGUUCUAUAUGCCUAUGAAAUCCUCUCUAAGUACAGCAACGAUGGAGAUAAUAAGAACAUACAGUCGGCUUUCACUGUCAUGGCAUACUCGAACAGCUGCAUUAACCCACUCGUGUACGGCUUCAUGUCGAAGAACUUCCGCGAGAGCUUCUACAAGGCCCUUUGCAGAUGCUGUCGCGGUGGACGGGUCCCUAAACGCAACACCUCCGUGUCACAGACCAGAACAACAUCAGUGCGUUUUGGUCGCAGUGUGUCAAUCUCCACGGCCCCAUACUGAUGCUGGUGGCGCAGCUGGCGCUGGUGCAGGGGCCGAAGCCCACGAAAGAGUAAAGAAACCCAGGAGAAACCUCCGACAGUCUAGCCGAUAUCCGAGCUGAUAUUUGAAUUCAGGACCACCCGAAUACGAAGCAUCUUCACACUCCACCCGUUUUACAUCGAGAAAAUAAUUCCCGAUACUCAUUCGAGGAGGCUUGGUGAGCCCCAAAACUGGGACCACAGUCCCGAAGAGGGGAAUCCCUGUUUCGGCCACCCAGUCUGUAGCCAGUCGUUUUACCGACUGAGCUAGGAACUCUAGCUUAUGUCCAGCACCGACAGCAGUUACCGCAAAGGUUAAGAAAAUAAUUUACUAAUGAAUAUGGAUGAUACUGAAUUCAUAAUGGCAUAAGUAGUACAUGACUUUGGUGCUCAAAUGAUUUUGAGUUGAUCGUAGUCGCUAUAAAUAUUAUAUUAAUAAAAAUGGAACAGUCAAUAUAAUGGCAGCCAAUCACUUAGGACCAGAGUACAGCCUAUUCCGAAAACAUCGCAUGUAUUUAUUACCAAUGUCCCUCAAAAAUUGGGCAACGCCUCACGUAACUGUGGUGCAAUAUACACUGGCACCGACUUUCAAAUCCAUGGAAGAUAUUAAUUUUUAAAAAGCUUAAAUUUGCUCAGAUGGUAAAGAAAUUUACCUUCUUUGAUGUAACCCGAAGGCCUCUUACUCUAUUCACAAGAGUCGUUCAAUGGAACCUAUCCUGAGCCUACUGAAUCCAAUCCACGCCCUCACACCUGAACUCCUUUAGACAACAAUUUUCGUCCAUUCCGUUUUCGCCCCAAGUGCUCUGUUCCAUUCAACUUUCCGACUAAAAUCUAGUAUGUAUUUUUUAAAUCUCCCCUACAUGAUUCAUGUCUUGCCAGUUUUGCUGUCCUCAAAUUAAUCAUUCCAAUAACAUUUAUAGAUAAUACAAUUUAUGAAACACAAUAUCAUAAUUUUAACAGCCCUCUUCCGGAGACUGGCUAUCAAGACAGAGUUUUUUCGUGGUGUUCCUCAGUCCAUCCAGGCAAAUGUCGGGAUAGUACCUUAAAUUAGGCCACGACCGCUUCCUUCCACAUUCUUUCCUUUUCGUUAUUCACUGUCAUCUCAUUCGACGCUACGAGUAUAUAGUCUGAGAUAAUGAAAAAGCGUCGUUAAAUAUGCUACAAACAAAUAAGCAGCCUUCAGCUCCACAAGAAACAUGACUCAAUUUGAAAACCUGAACUCGCCCUGCACUCUGUUCCUCUUGCUUCUUACAUCUGCCUCGGCCUACAUCUAUGUUAUGUUGUCAUGUCUUAGUGACCUAACUCGUUUUGAUAGGCUGAAGAUCCAAUUUCUCAAUUCACGACAAGAGUAGGCGUUGUUGUCUCGUAAUAAGUGAACGUGGCUAAUAAAUAAAGUAAUUUGACAGGGCAUAGUCAAUUUAAUUUACUACA